CCCUCCCUUCGAAGGAGCAUCUCCCUCCUUCCCUCUUUCCCAACUUGACCAAGGAAGGAGAAGGAGGCGCUGCUUUGGCUGGGGCUGCGUCUCUGCUUCUCGUCGUUGAGGAGGAAGAAGAAGAGGAGAAGAAGAGGAGGAGGAGGGAGGGGAAGCACUCCUCCCCCGCGCCCCCUUUUUUUGCCCCGCCUUUCUGCAUCAGGAGGGAUGGGCGAGGGGCUGUGAGCCCUGCUCUUCCUCCUCCUCUUCUUCUUCUUCCUCCUCCUCCUCUUCUUCCUCUUUCCUCUCUCUUCGACGCCGGAGGAGAAAGAGGAGGAGGAUGCUGCCGGGGGGGCUGCCGUGGAGGAGGACGACGGCGCUUCCUCCUCCUCCUCCUCUUUGUCAUUCUCCUCCUUCUUCUCUUCCUUCUCCUCCGCCUGGAAGGAGCUGAAGCCUUUGCCGGAGAGGAAGAGGACCCAAAGAAGGCGGGCUGGGGGAAGAGGACAAGAGACCCAAGGGCCGGCCAUGAGCGCCCCCCUUGCCUCCGCUGCCGGCGUCCCCUGCCUCUUCUUCUUCUCCUUCUCCUCCUUCUUCUUCCUCGACGUCAUGCCCCAUGCCUGGGCCCUCCUGUCCCCCUUGACCACUGCACCAGAUCCCCAUGGCUGGCGGACCCCUGUGGACUGUGCCCGUGCCAAUGAGCUCUGUGCGGCUGAUUCCAGCUGCAGCUCGCGCUACCGGACCCUGCGCCAAUGUGUGGCUGGCCGUGACCGCAACACCAUGCUGGCCAACAAGGAGUGCCAGGCAGCCCUGGAGGUCCUGCAGGAGAGCCCCCUCUACGACUGCCGCUGCAAGCGGGGCAUGAAGAAGGAGCUGCUCUGCCUCCAGAUCUACUGGAGCAUCCAUCUUGGCUUGGCGGCCGGAGAUGAGUUUUACGAAGCGUCUCCCUACGAGCCAGUCACCUCGCGCCUCUCCGAUAUCUUCAGGCUCGCUUCCAUCGUCUCAGGGAUGGACCCGGCGGCAGCCAGUGCCAAGAGCAACCACUGCCUGGACGCAGCCAAGGCCUGCAACCUGAACGACAACUGCAAGCGCAUGCGCUCGGGCUACAUCUCAGUCUGCAACAAGGAGGUCUCCUCAACUGAGCCCUGCAACCGGCGCAAGUGCCACAAGGCCCUGCGGCAGUUCUUUGACCGGGUGCCCAUCGAGUACACCUACCGCCUGCUCUUCUGCGCUUGCAAGGACCAGGCCUGUGCCGAGCGCCGGAGGCAGACCAUCGUCCCCCACUGCGCCUACGAGGAGCCCGAGCCCCCGAACUGCCUUGACCUCAGGAGCCAGUGCCGCCUGGACCCCCUCUGCAGAAGCAGACUGGCUGACUUCCACACAAACUGCCAGGCCUCCUUCCAUCUGCUGACCAGCUGCCCUCGGGACAACUACCAGGCCUGCCUCAGCUCCUACACAGGGCUCAUAGGACUUGAAGUGACACCCAACUACGUGGAGGCCAGCAUCACCAGCCUCACGGUCUCUCCGUCGUGUUCCUGCCGGGGCAGUGGCAACAUGGAGGAAGAAUGCGAGAAGUUCCUGAGGGAUUUCACAGAAAACCCCUGUCUAAGAAAUGCUAUCCAGGCCUUUGGCAAUGGCACCGACAUCAAUUUCUCCCCCAAGUCCCCCCCACUACUUGCCAUCACUUUUCCGCCUAAGACGGAGAAGAGCCCUCCUCCACCAGACAACGUCAGCGACAGCAACACAGUCUACGACAUGAGCGUCAUCACCACCUGUACCUCCAUACAGGAAAGCGGACCGAAGCUGAACAAAUCCAAAGAGUCAAGUCGGUGUUUAUUGGAUGCACUGACCACGUCCCGGAUGCCCGAACAGAAGACCCUUUUGAACGGCAAGACCUCUGGCAUCCGGUCUUCCUUCCCGGGGCCCCUCUCCGCUCUGCCCUUCCUGCUCAUGAAGGCGACAUUAUAGGAGCAGUGCCCGGCUGCGCAGCGGGAGGAAAGGGCUGCGCAAACCCCUCGUGGCCCAUGCAGCAGACGUCGGAUAGAUGGAUGGACGGACGGACGGACCUCUUGGGAGACAAAUCCUCUGCCUUUGGGCUGUUUCCUCCGGAUUGUUUCCCUUCUCGGAUUCCUCCUGGAGACUUCUGCAUUGAGAGCACCGGCAAGAUACCUUUCACUGUGCAAAAGAGAACGGGGAUUCUGGGCUAUGGUGUUGCAUCCAGAAUGCAAAGAGAUAGUUUGCUAAAAGAUUAUGUACAAAAGGAUAAGAAGUUUGAAAAAUCCAUGGAGUCAGUGGAGGCCGGGAGAGACGUGGCAUUUGAUGACCCUCAGAUGGCUAUUCAAAGGUCAAGGGGCAUUUUGCACCCUCUGUUUGGGAAUCUCUUCUCCUUUCUGCCCACUUCUCUGGCUGUUCUUAUCCUCAGAGGACCUUUGGGACUGUCUUCACGUUCUGCUCUUGGAGGAAGGAAGGGAUGCUGGUGCAGUGAAGGGGGAAAACACUGCAAGGAGAGGGCGAAACAACCUCCCUGGAGAAGCAGCUCCUUCUCCAUUGCGCCCGUGGGCAUGCCUUGUGGGACAUUGGAUACCUGGGGCCAUGCUGUUGGUGUUGUUUUGGAACUGCCUGCUCCCUCUGAACCAUGAAGGGUUUCAGCGUCAGAAGGAAAAGAAGGAAACCUGCUGCCCUGUUGUGGAGCUGGCUGCCCCCUUGCUGUGGGUCUGGCAUCCCCUAGCCUUUGGGGGCCUAUGCUUUGGGGCAAGGCAUACCCCACUUUCCUGGGAUUAUAUACAUCUCUCACAUAUGUGUAUCGAGAGAGACCCGAGUUAUCUCUAUAUACAUAUGUCUAUACAUAUCAAUUUGCAUAUACUCAGUGGCUCCACCUCUCCUUUUCCUCUUUCUUUCUUUCUUUCUUUCUUUCUUUCUUUCUACUACACACAAAAACAAUAUGAACAAAAAUAACCACUGAUAAGUAUGUAUCAUUGUAAAGGGUUUUUAAAGAAAACCAACCCAGGGAGCCCCAUGGAAGGGAGGAGGCCAAGCCUUUCCCCGCAGUCAGUGGGAUCUCAGGCCAAGGAGAGCGGAUGGAGCACCGAGUUCAUAACUGAAAUAAACAUACCAUGAAGCAAAGCA